AAAUACAGAAAUCAUCAUGAAGAUCGUGGCUUUGAUCGUCGCUGCUUUUGUGGCCUACGCAAGUGCUUCCUGCCAGAGUUCCGGAUACUCUUCUCCUGGCAUUGCGGCUCCUCCCUGCCCCACAAACUAUUUAUUUAGCUGCCAGCCCCAAUUGGCACCUGCUCCCUGUUCGCAGCCACAGGAAGCUCCUGCUUAUGGAUCCUCGGGAGCCUACACAGAACCCAUUCCCCUCUACGCGGGAAACCCAAAAAGGCGGGAGGCGCCCAGGUUUCGCCAGAGCGUAGGAACUGCAGCUUUGAUGGAGGAAUUGCGAGCAUUGGGAGUCCAGGGAUUCCAUGGACAACAAUAAUAGAGAAGGAAUAACUGAAAGGAUAAUGACUAACAAGAACGGCAAUGAUUUUGGUUUAAAGAAACACCUUUUUGGUGAACACACUCUCUGGAAAACAAUGUAAAUUGUUAUUGUACAUAAAACACAACUUGAAAUAAAGCGAUUGAAAAAAAAACGAGGUUUGUUUUUU